CCUUCCAACUCCGGUGGGGGUGGAGAUCCGUUGUCAGGGCGACGAGUGUACACCAACCGAAGCUAACCGCUUCAGAAGCAAAGUCAUUGGAUAGACUUCGGACUGCUGCCUAGCAGAGAGGGGCUGCAGGCGCCAUGAGUCAGAGGCAGGUGCUACAAGGGCUGGAGGAGUAUCAGAAAGCCAGGCUCCAGUUCGUGCAGAAGGUGGCGGAGCAAGCGACCAGGCCCCAGAACAUCCAGACGCUGCAAAACGCGGGUGAAUUGAGACUAUUUACAUUAAUAAGUAAAACUGGUGUAAUAUCUUUGCUGAGGCCUCUGCUUCUCGAUGUGGUCCCAACAAUUCAACACACUGCUGCUUUGGCUCUUGGGAGACUGGCUAAUUACAGUGAUGACUUAGCAGAAGCAGUUGUAAAGGGGGACAUCCUUCCACAACUUGUUUAUUCAUUGGCAGAGCAGAAUCGUUUCUACAAGAAAGCAGCUGCCUUUGUGCUAAGAGCAGUUGGUAAACAUUCUCCACAGCGAGCUCAAGCCAUAGUUGAUUGUGGAGCACUGGAUGCACUGGUGAUUUGCUUGGAAGACUUUGACCCUGGAGUCAAGGAGGCUGCUGCCUGGGCACUUGGAUAUAUUUCAAGACAUAAUGCAGAACUGUCACAAGCUGUGGUUGAUGAAGGAGCUGUUCCUCUCUUAGUACUUUGUAUCCAGGAACCAGAAAUUGCUUUGAAAAGGAUUUCUGCUUCAGCACUCAGUGAUAUUUCAAAGCAUUCUCCAGAAUUAGCACAAACAGUAGUGGAUGCAGGAGCUAUUGCUCAUUUAGCCCAGACGAUCCUCAACCCUGAUGCAAAAUUGAAGCAACAGGUCCUUUCAGCUCUGAGUCAGAUUUCAAAACAUUCUGUGGACCUGGCAGAAAUGGUUGUUGAAGCAGAGAUUUUUCCAGUUGUACUUACCUGUCUGAAGGACAAAGAUGAAUAUGUGAAGAAAAAUGCAUGUACUUUAAUUAGAGAGAUUGCAAAACAUACACCAGAGCUUUCACAGCUGAUUGUUAACACAGGAGGGGUGGCUGCAGUGACUGACUGUAUUGGAACCUGCAAAGGAAACACACGGCUACCUGGCAUUAUGAUGCUUGGUUAUGUGGCCGCUCAUUCUGAGAACCUGGCCAUGGCCGUGAUCAUUUCUAAGGGUGUACCCCAGCUGUCAAUCUGCCUGUCAGAAGAACCAGAGGAUCAUAUUAAAGCAGCUGCUGCUUGGGCCUUAGGACAGAUUGGGCGACACACUUCUGAACAUGCACGGGCUGUUGCAGUCACAAACGCUUUACCUGUUCUGCUUUCUUUGUACAUGUCAACAGAAAGUUCUGAGGAUCUACAAAUGAAAUGUAAAAAAGCCAUAAAGAGCAUUUUACAAAAAUGCACCUACUUACCAGCCCUGGAGCCAUUUCUGUAUGAUGCACCUCCAAACAUUCUGAAGCACGUGCUUGGACAGUUCAGCAAGGUAUGAAGCACACUUUUAUUUCAUUGUAUGAAGGAAGGUGAUACAGUGAAGAUUA